AUGGAGAACGAGAAGGGAGAGAUCGUCGAUCUCUACGUCCCCCGCAAGUGCAGCGCCACCAACCGCAUCAUCAAGGCCAACGACCACGCCUCCGUCCAGAUCUCCAUCGCCAAGGUUGACGAGAACGGCCGCUACACCGGUGAGAACCACACCUACGCUCUGUGCGGUUUCAUCCGUGCCCGUGGUGAGAGCGAUGACUCCCUGAACCGCCUUGCCCAGCGUGACGGCUACAUCCGCAACGUCUGGACCGCUGCCCGUCAGCGCUAA